AUUGCAAAGGGUAAACAAGACAUUAAAUUUGGAAUUUUACACAAAAAAAUGUUAAAAAUUAGGAGUAAAUACAAUCUAAUAAGGAAUUGUUGUAAUAUAACAAGCAUCGCAAAUCCCGUGUAUUCCGAUCGUGAGAGUUGCACAAAGAGUCAUGCUAAUGAUGUUCCAAAAAAAGAAUUCGUGAACUUCGACUGGAUGAAUCGACAGAGACGUGAUGAAGCGAGAAGGAGUGUUUUGGUGCAAGUCAAUUCAGAAAAGUCGUUCGAUGAGUUACAACUAUAUUGUAAUCCGAUAGCGAAAAUCCGGUCCGCUCAUCAUUACACAGUCGCUCAAGACUCGCAUUACAUCCUGCUGGAGCUCGAGAGUGCCAAAGAAGCAGAUGCCUUACUGGAUAGUUGUGUUUACAAUGAUGAUUCAAUAAAGCAGGGAAUCCCCACAAAAAGCCAUUUUCUGUGGUUUCGCACUGGACCAACACCAAAAUUACAGCCAGAAAAGCCAGUACCACUUACAUCAUUGAAUGGCAAUAAACUUGUGGACGCGGAACUGCCAAAUUUCCUCGCGGCGGCCGAGAAUGUGGAAGAACAAAUGAAUAUCGUGUAUGAAUCGACAAAAGUGACAGACUUGGGGAUGCGAACACGAUAUUUGGCGGCACAGCAAAUAAUGAGCAGCGUUGAGGGAAUGUUUCCGCAUGCCAUUGCUCAUCCGUUUGGCUCUUCGGUGAAUGGAUUUGGGAAAGUCGGAUGUGAUUUGGACCUGGUGUUGGAACUUAAGCCAGAAAAUGACAAAACAGAUUCAGAAUCCCGACUGGUUUUUCACACAAAAUCAAAUUCGUACACAGUGAGAACGCAAUUGUCCAGCAUAAGUGAUAUUUUGCAAUCCAUUCUGCCGGGUGUCCAUAAUGUGCGUCGAAUUUUGCAAGCGCGCGUCCCUAUUGUGAAGUACAAACACGAAUAUCUCGACUUGGAAGUGGAUUUAUCGAUGAACAAUCUCACGGGCGCUUACAUGUCAGAGCUUUUGUACAUGUUCGGAGAGAUGGAUCAGCGAGUUCGUCCUCUAGUCUUUUGCAUUCGUCGAUGGGCCAAAUCUGCAGGUCUUACGAAUCCCCAGGCACCCGGUCGAUGGAUAACGAAUUUCUCACUAACGAUGCUCGUGAUAUUUUUUCUGCAAUCACACAAAAAUCCCGUUCUGCCAUCCAUAAAUUACCUAAAAACGAAUGCACGACCAUGCGACACCCGAAUUACCGAAAACAUCAACUGCACAUUUUUACGGGACUUGAAUUUAAUGAAAUUCAAAACGAACAAUUCGCAGUCCAUCGAAGAUUUAUUGCUAGAUUUUUUCCAGUUUUAUUCCACUUUUGACUUUAGUAAACGCGGAAUUUCGCUGACCGAAGGUGAAGACAUCACCAAACCCGACCAUUCAGCGAUGCACAUCGUGAAUCCACUCGAACCCGAAUUAAAUAUCAGUAAAAAUGUCUCUCUGGAGGAGAUGGGACGAUUCUGCAUCGAGUGUCGGAAUGCUGUAUGGAUUCUUGAAUCGGAUCAGGAACGAGAGAUGAAAAAGGGGCCCGUUCAACCAUGGGGUCUAAUGAAAUUAUUUAAACUAAACCAAUCAGUGAAUCAACCGAAAAUAUUUAUUCAACCUAGAUUGGUCCAAAUUGCAGAUCUCUUCGAAGAGGAAGAAAACGUUCCUUAUGUUCGGAGGAACUACAAAAAUGAGACUACGAGGAAAACGAUAGAAGAAAUCAAGAAGAAAAAUAAAAAAGAUUUGACUGAAAUAGGAAAAAGAUUCAAUCAACCGCGACAAAGAUAGCAAAACGAAGAAAAUGAGUUAGAAUAAUUUAAUAAACAAAUAAACAGUAAUAAAUAUUUUUUUUUUCAUUUAUUUUGAAA